AUAGAAUUGUCGCCGAAUAUUGCCGUACAAGUGCAUAAUGCAUGUUUGUGUGAAAUCCAGCAGAACAUGUGGUGUGUAGUGCUUCAUCAAUGAAUGAAAAAACGCAUUUGUAAUUUCUGCUUAUUGAACGAUAUUCGUGCAGCGUGAAUAACAAAUGGAACAAUGCUUUUACGCUAUGUGUUACGCUACAAGCUCUUAAUCUUGAUUUUGAUUAUAACCUUUUAUCUAUCGAUACCAAUCAAAGGCUAUGGACUUCGUCAAGAAAGUAUAAUAACAUCAAUAAGUUCUAUUGGAAAUUCUUCAGGUAAUUCUCAAACUCGUAUCGGAAGAUUCUUAUUUGAUGAACUAUUCGGUAUCGAUAUUGUCAAUGCUGCUGAUAUCAGUGACGAAGAAAAACUAAGAAACUGCACAUGCGAAUGCGGCUUGUUUAAUCAAGAGAAUAGAAUUGUUGGUGGACGUCCUACAAUACCGAACAGGUAUCCUUGGGUUGCGAGGAUUGUGUACGACGGUCGUUUCCACUGUGGUGCUAGUCUACUCAACAAUGAUUAUGUAAUUACUGCUGCACAUUGUGUACGAAGAUUGAAACGAUCGAAGAUUCGUAUAGUACUCGGCGAUUACAAUCAGUAUGUUAAUACUGAUGGAGUUCCUAUUAUGAGAGCAGUGAGUGUUGUGAUACGUCAUAAGAAUUUUGAUAUAAAUUCUUACAAUCACGAUGUGGCCUUAUUAAAAUUACGCAAAUCGGUGGAAUUCUCAAAGAAAGUUCGCCCGGUCUGUUUACCUCAACCAGGAAGCGAUCCUGCCGGGAAGGAAGGGACAGUGGUGGGGUGGGGUCGAACAAUGGAAGGAGGCAUGUUGCCUGGAGAAAUGCAGGAGAUACAAGUGCCAAUAUACAGUUUGGCACAAUGUCGAAAGAUGAAAUACCGAGCAAAUCGAAUUACCGAUAAUAUGAUUUGCGCCGGCCGAAGUAAUCAGGACUCUUGCCAAGGAGAUAGCGGCGGUCCUUUGCUCGUCCAGGAAGCCGAUAAACUUGAAAUAGCAGGUAUAGUUUCGUGGGGUGUUGGCUGCGGUAGAGCUGGUUAUCCCGGAGUUUACACGAGAGUGUCCCGAUAUCUCAAUUGGAUUCACGCAAACAUGAAAGAAGGCUGUUUUUGCUCAUCGGUGCGCAAAAAAAUCAAUAUCAGAUCGCCGAACAUGAAGUCUCUGUGUUACCUAGGUUUAUUAUUUAUUCUGCUUUUGAUAACGGAAAAAUGUCAGGCUGAGAAAUUCGACGAGAAAACAAAAAACUUUUUCGGACUUUUUGGUAAUAAACCACCUUACUCUAAUGACUCACCUUCGCCCUGCUAUUGCAGUUGUGGAUUACGGAAUGAAGAAAGUCGUAUAGUUGGAGGUCAAACGACGAGUAUGAAUGAGUUUCCAUGGAUGGCUAGAUUAUCGUAUUUAAACAAAUUUUAUUGCGGUGGUACUCUUAUAAACGAUCGCUACGUGCUCACAGCUGCACACUGCGUCAAGGGUCUUAUUUUCAGAUUUAUGUGGUUUAUGAUCAAAGUCACUUUCGGGGAGCAUGAUAGAUGUAUCGAAAAAGGAGCGGAAACCAGAUAUGUGGUACGUGUCAUGACCGGUGACUUUAGCUUUCUGAAUUUCGACAACGAUAUCGCAUUACUUCGCCUCAAUGAGAGAGUGCCAUUGAGCGAUACGAUACGGCCAAUAUGCUUGCCAUCGGUGUAUGAUAACGAGUACGUAGGAGUAAAUGCAAUCGCAGCAGGGUGGGGAACAUUGCAAGAGGAAGGAAAACCGUCUUGUCUUCUCCAAGAAGUCGAGGUUCCAGUCAUGAGUCUUCAAGCUUGUCGCAAUACCAGUUAUAGUCCCCGAAUGAUUUCUGACAACAUGCUAUGCGCUGGCUACUUAGAAGGAAAAAAAGACUCAUGUCAGGGAGACAGUGGCGGACCACUGAUAGCGGAGCGCGAGGAUAAGAAAUACGAGCUCAUCGGUGUUGUAUCCUGGGGCAACGGAUGCGCACGACCUGGAUAUCCAGGUGUAUACACGAGGGUUACACGAUAUAUGGAUUGGAUCUUGAAAAAUUCAAAGGAUGGAUGUUUUUGCGAACAUAAUUGAAUGUGAUUACUUGACAUUUUUCUCUCUUAAUGGAGAGAUGAAUUAAUGAGAGAAUUUUUUUAUAUACAUAUAUUACUAUUAUAUCUGUACAGAAUUACUUUUAUCAUAGAAAAAAAAAACUACUGUCUAGAGUAAAAGAAAUUACUAAUUAUUAUUGUUACUUAAUUUUUUUUUAA